UGACUUAAAGUAGAAAAGUAAAAGAAAAGUAAAGUAUAUAACUAGGUAAUAUAUUCAGCGCAGGACAUCCCCACACAAUUAAUUAUUAACUUUACCCAAUAGACUAGAUCAAUUUUCUAUACGUAGAUGUAGUAUUACCUACACUACAACUGGUGGCGGGGUAACUCAGCGCCUGCCCGUUAAACAAGAGAAGAAGAAACUGGGCAAACAUGGCAGCGUACAUGAGAAGCGUGAUAUGUCUUGUUUCCAUUGAGCGAAACGCUUUUCUAACAAGGGGAAGCAGCAUUGUUGUGCAAUCUAAACGGUAUGUACGCGGACUGAGGAGGAAGCCUGUCAGAGUGCUGUUUCCUGAAAACGAGACGGAUAAAGUCCACAAGCCGUCAGCAGGGCAAAAAAUCAACAGGGAGACGGAGGCUCAAUUCACAUCUACAACUAGGCAUCUUGAAGAAAGUGACUUUGUCAAUACGAGGAGUAAUGUGCAGUCAACUCUAAAACAUGCUCACGUUACAAAGGAUCAGAUUGAUGGACUGCGCUUCGAGAGGGCUUUACCUGGAGAUAAAAGACUGGCGAGGUUAGUGAGCGUUGCUCGUUCCAGGACGUUUCGGGAGCACCAGGGUAAAAUCCUCCUGGAGGGCAGGCGUUUGAUCUGUGACGCCCUGGACGCAGGAGCCAACCCACAGAUGGUGUUCUUCAGUACGGUGGAUCGGCUCAGAGAGCUGCCUUUAAACAAGCUGAAAAGGGCCACGCUAGUCAAAGUCAAGUUUGAGGACAUCAAGAUCUGGUCUGACCUUGUGGCCCCACAAGGAGUGAUCGCCAUAUUUUCUCGCCCGGACCCGUCACGGUUGAACUUCGCAAACAGAGGUCAUUCACUGCCGUUGUCCCUGAUAUGCGACAACAUCCGAGACCCUGGCAACCUUGGGACCAUGUUGCGAUGUGCUGCUGCUGCUGGCUGUAAUGAUGUACUACUCACCAAAGGUUGUGUUGAUGCUUGGGAGCCUAAAGUUCUGCGUGCAGCAAUGGGCGCCCAUUUCCGCCUUCCCAUCUAUCCAAGCUUGGGCUGGGAUGAUAUCAAAAAUCAUCUCCCUAAACCUGUGACUGUCCAUGUGGCUGACAGCAGCUGUGGCACUGACAGAAGCAGAGAAACGGAGGAUUCACAAGUUAAUAUGUCUCAUAAAUCCUCCAAAGCAGGAGACUAUGGCUGGGUCAGCACAAAGCCUAAUCACAAUAACAUGCGCUACGAGGAAUAUGAUUCUGACUCUGGCUCAGAUAGUGAAUAUGAGGGACUUGAACUUCCCAGAGUGGACACAAAGCUGUACCAUGACAGCUGGGCUCGGAAUGCCACUGCUCUUGUGAUAGGUGGAGAGACACAGGGCCUGAGUCUAGAAGCAGCCCAGCUGGCUGAGAAAACCGCCGGCCACAGGCUCUUUAUUCCGGUCGUUCCUGAUGUGGACAGCUUGAAUUCAGCCAUGGCAGCCAGUAUUCUUUUGUUUGAGGGCAGGAAACAACUGUUAAAACUAAAGCAGAUACCGGGCAGAUAAUGUAAAGCUGAACAGCAGUUUUCAUGAUGUUCGCUCUAAAUAGCAUUAUGUGACUUUUGGUGUACAUCAUUCCUUAUUACUGCAGACCAAACAGAAUAAUUUUAAUUUAAUUAUUUCCAUCCUGCACCUUGUUCUGCUAACAAUAAAAUACUGAAUUUGAAUCAGGGGAAUUAUUUUUAAUAUCAAUUAAUCUUCUGAUUAUCUUGAUUAAGUGUCUUGUCUACAAGAUGUCAGAAAAUAGUAAAGAAACUGGUAGUUAGAAUUUCCCAGAGCCCAGGGAUCUUCAAAUUCCUUGUUUUAUCCAAUUAUUAGCUCAAAACCAGAAGAUUUUCAGUGAACUGCCAAAGAUGACAAUUUAGAACAACAAACAAACAUCUGUCAUAGGUGUUACUUUCUAGCCAUGGUAUCGUCCCAUUUAACAAAAAUACAAAGCACAUAUCCCUUGCUUUUUUUACCCAUCCUUCCCUUUUCAUAGAGUAAAAGUAAUACUUUUCAUAGAGUCCAUAAGAGCCUUAAAUAGAUGCCCACACAUGAUGCAUGAUUAUUAUAGAAAGAACUCACUGUGACAGUGUCAUGUCUAUCCUUUACUCUGUAUCUGCUGCCACAUUGUCUAUGCAAAUAUGCAGAACUCACUACACUUCCAUCCCACCUGGAGUCAAUCUGCAUACUGUCUCCCGUAAUAAAUGCAACAUUUGCCUUGA